GUGGUGGAGAAGAGGCUCGAGGAAACUUGCCCGCCAAGGCCAUUUGGAGGGGUUCCAACUUGGAAGGGUGGGGGAAUGCCGGUCGUGGACAGGCUGUCUCUUUGAUCAUUGAGGCGAUGAGUAUGUCCACUGGAACCCCCGAGUCGAACAAGGCGCGAGGGAACGAUACCUUUUCGAGAGAGACGAGGGAGGGUAGGGUCUCUUCUAGUCCUGUGACGGUUGGAAACAAGAAUCCGGAGACGGAGAGGUCGAGAAAG